UCCAUUAUCAGGACAGUAUUUUUGUUUUUUUGUUCGUAAAGUGCUGUAACUGGGUGUUAUAAAUUAUCAAAAUUUGGAAAAAGUUUUUACGAUUUAUUGCAACAAUAAACUUGACAGCUGAUGGUCAGCUGAUGAACGUCAAUGAACGUCAAUCGUGUUUUGACAUUUGUUUAGGUGAAAUUUUCUAAUACAUUUCUAACACCAAAUUCUUUAUGCAAUUACGACAAAUUGAAGCUUAAUCACUUCCAAAGUUGUUCAUUUGCCCUGAUCAUGCUCUCGACAAUGUAAAUCGAGUAAAUUAAAUUCGUACUAGAGGUCAGCACACUGCCUAAAUUUGACAACCGACAGUGUUAAAUUAGAAAAAAAAAGAACAAAAAUGUAUUGAGGACCGGUGAGGAUUUCCCUCAGGACAGUCUACAUGUUUGAGGAGCCGUUUCCUUGUUUCCCAAAAUAUGGCAUUAGGAACUCAUAUUUAGACCUAAAUGCGUGACAAGCGUAAAAACAAUGGGUAAUUGCUUGAAACGGUCGACAACAGAUGACAUUUCGCUGUUGAGAGGUAGCGACAGCGUACGCGAGUCCUCCUCUGAGCAGCUGGGGCCCCCCAACUACCAGGAGCCCCUCCCCAUCCAAGCGGCUUCGCCCGUGUACCACCCGUCGCCGAGCGUGACGCGGUCCGUGGCUCAGCUAACCGAGGAGGAACAAGUGAAGAUAGCUAAGCGUAUAGGUCUGAUUCAGCACCUGCCGACGGGUUUGUACGACGGGUGUAAGAAAGCCCGUGAGUGUGUGAUUUGCAUGGUGGAGUUCCUGGUGGGAGAUGCCCUCCGAUACCUCCCCUGCAUGCACACGUAUCAUAUGAGUUGCAUCGAUGAUUGGCUUAUGAGGAGUCUGACGUGCCCCAGCUGCAUGGAGCCCGUCGACGCGGCUCUGCUCACCAGUUACGAGACCAAUUGACAGCCAGUGCCUUGCAACUGAUCGGGAAACUGUGAUCUGAACUGUUAAGGGCGUGAAUGGAGAGUGGCUGUGAUCCUCAUUUAGCUACUUAUAGCACAAGCUUAACUAGCUACUUGAGAUGACUGUAUAUAGGUAGAGGUAGCAGUCUGUUUAUUCUAAGUUACUUGGUUUUAAGUGGUGAUUGUCUGAUCAAACUGCGCACGAAAGCAGCUCACCGAGCAAACUCAUACGAAACUGUUCACCAUUUUUUAUUUUAACUAUAUACACUGUAGGGUAGCUAGGAAAUGGAAGUGGUCAACAUAUUUUAAAGCUUCAUCGUCGAUUUUAGACACAAUAGACUUAAGGACAAACUAACUAAACACAUUUUAUCUAACAUCACGUCAUUGUGAUAGCCAUUUAGACUAAGUAUAAGCUAAAAAUGCAUUUUCUUUUACUCCCACGCAGUACAGGGUGACACAAAAUUUUCAUUCAUACAAGACUUCCAGAUUUGACUGUAACCUGUCUUAUGUUUUAUUUAAUUCUCAUGGUUCAUUACUUCAGGAAGAAAUCACUGGCCUAUAAGCCCCGUUCACUUUUGUGAUAUUAAUUGUUGCAUUCUGAGUUACGUAAUUCUAGACACCAUUAGUUGUUUGAUGGUUGUUAGAUUGGCAACGCAGGAUGAAAAAACUAAAUAUAUACUGGCUAUACUGGGAUUUUUAAAUAAUCGAAAAAUAAAUACUUUUAAAAAGGCCGGAAAUACUAACCUCUUGCAACACGUAAAAUUAUUUUCAAAUAUACGGGGUGUUUCAGAUGUGAGCUAGAAUAGGAACAUUUUUUUCAAUUCCUGCACCCUAUUUUUUGUUUUUGCUUAUUAAAGAUUAUUAAAUUGUCUUUCUGUCCAAUGUCUAAAGUUAAUAACUUCAAAGAUAUUUGACACCAAAAGUUGAUUUCAGCAACAAUGCAUAUUACUCAUGAGCAUUUCCAGUUAACAUCUUUGUGUUUCAGGUACUUUUUACCAUUUAUGUGAAGAAACAUAAACAUCUCGUUAAAUGUGAAAUUUGAGCUAAAAUACGUUUUAGAAACAUUCUUGAAAUAUUUUUCUACUUUGGUUUUACAAAUUCUUCAUUGAGAAACUGAAAGUAGUUUCACAAAGAGAACUUUUGUGCAACUCCUUUUAGUAAAUUUUUAGGAGUUGUAUUGGCAGUGCUGGGCUGGGUAUGAUCAGUCAUCACUGUCGUUUUGUGUGUGAUCUGUCAACAGUAUCAAGUCGUUUAUUGAUAAAGCCCGAAAAAAAAUUUACAAAAUUAAGAGGAAAUAGUUUGAACAGAUUUUCAUAAGUUAAAGUAAACAAAAAUAGAAAGUAAAAAAAUAGUAUAUUACACUCGUUUUAUAUAACACUUAAUUGUGGCACUCCUUCGUCGUGCUCCAACAGAAUGAGAGUCACAAUAGAACGUCUUAUAAAACUCGUAUAAUAAUGUGACGUACCAAGAUGUAUUGAACAAUUGAUUUCAUUUGAUCUGUUUAAUGUUGCACUAAUGUUAAAUAAAGCAAAUGUUUCUUAAAAAUAUAUAUUAGAAAUUAUACAAUACAAAAAAAAACAAUCUUAAACAGGAAAUAAACAACUUCGCAAAAUAAUUAUUAAUUUUUAAUGAAAAAAUAAAUCUAACCAACAACUAGAUAAAAUUAGGAAAUGUUUACACGGAAAAAGACAAACAAAAUGGAACUAUCAUGUCUUGAAGCGCCAAUGGAUUUAAAUCCGGUAGACAAUAAAAACAAAAUUGAAUCUCAAUUUUUUAAUAGGUGAUUUAUAAACUCAAUAUCAGUGUCGUAGAAUUCGUUGCAAAAGUGACCGGGCUUGUUAUUUAGUUGAAAACUUAGUCCAGCAAAAAGUUUGUUUUAUCCUGUAUGGCUAGGUGGUGAACUGGUUAGCUUGCGAUUGAGUGAAUUUUCGGGGCUUGCUUCCAAGUGCCAAGUUCGACAUUGGGGUUGUGGUUGUGGCUCCAAGCCGUUCAGAUUUUCAUUACUUAAAACUUGAGCGGAAGUACGUCCAGUUCAUAUUCUCGUAUUAUUUCUAAAUAAGUGAUAUAUCAGUAGCUUGUUAACGCAAUCUACUCUCUAUAAGCAGAUUAGUUUCUUCGCUGUUACAUGUUUUAUUUUGAAUGAUGAAAUUUUAAUAUUUGACUAGGAAUACUUACAAGUUUUAUACAACAUUGUAUAGGAUUUUCAAAGUGAUAGCUAUACAUAUAUAUCGGUUACGUUGGUGUGCUGUGCUUACGGAUCAGUUAGGUUAUUGAAGGUGUUAUAUUUAGUACUACGCGAUCAUUUCUAUUACUGCUAGGAGCGUUUUCCGCAAGAAUCAAACAUGUUCAUAUUACCUUUGUUCUUUAAUAAUAAACAUGCAAAUGUGA